CAAAAGCAAUCUCUCGAUUCCAGUGAGCAAUAUAAAGAAGCUUUCUUCUCCCGCGAACGAGACGAACCGUAUUUGGAAGGCAUAGAGAAAGGGCUUAACAUCUAGAGAGAUAAACACUGGAGUCGACCGUUCUCCGUCCGUGGCGACUUAGGUUAUGCCGUUACUUCCUCGGGUUGCCUUGGACUUUGAUUUCAAAGGAUUUGUUUCCUUUGAUACAUCAUGGAUGAAGUGUGCCAUAAAUCAGAUUGCAUCCAGAGCCUGGUCAUUUCGUUCCAGGAAUUUGUUGUCCGGCGUUGUCUCAGCCAGCCUUGGAGAUUUUCAUCUUGUUUCCUUCAUUAACUGCAUUAAGUGUACCUAAUGAUCCUGACACUUCAAACAUAUUGAGGAUGCAUUUUCUGUAUGUAUGGCUUUCAGCCUUGAUCCUUGGGAAGCCAUAUUUUUGGGUUAAAUGUUGGGAGUUUGCUUUCGUUUAUGUUAAUAAGAACGUUGCGAUGCAUCAGGAAGUUAUAUGAAGAGUUUGCGAGUGUUGGUAUCUUGUCUCCUCCACAAUUUUAGUCAGAUUAAUUAGAUGUUACUAGCUGAAGAGUUUUAAGGGAUUCUGUGUAACAUAGUUGAGAUAACUGCUAUCAAGUUUGUCGUGUUAGUUGGUUAGUUUAGCCUGGCAACUCCUUUGCUUGAGUCAAGAUGUUAUGUGGUUUUGAACCAUUUGCACUACAUAUCCUAAUUUUCCAGCAAGGCUCCCAAUCUGACUAUUUGUCUAAAUCUGAUAAGCCCAUCACAAAGUCAUUGAUUCAAUGAGCAUACCUAGAAGGCUGUAAUGGUGAUUCAGCUGGAUCAUCCUGGAAGUAGUUUUCCUUAUUGAAGUUUUGGUUUUGCCUAUUAAAUAUCAAGUGAUUUCAAGGUUAUUUGUUGCUUGAAUAACAAAUAAGGAGUUGAGGAUCAUAAAGUAGCUGAAUAAUGGAGAGGUAUAAUUUAAUAAAAGAAGUUGGUGAUGGAACAUUUGGCAGUGUCUGGCGAGCUAUCAAUAAACAUUCGGGUGAUAUCGUCGCUAUCAAGAAAAUGAAGAGAAAAUAUUACUCCUGGGAAGAAUGUAUAAAUUUGAGGGAAGUUAAGUCAUUGCGAAAAAUGAACCAUCCAAAUAUUGUGAAACUGAGGGAGGUCAUUCGGGAGAAUGAUGUAUUAUAUUUUGUAUUUGAAUACAUGGAGUGCAAUCUUUAUCAACUAAUGAAGGACAGAGAUAAGCCUUUCUCAGAAGCUGAAAUUAAGAGUUGGUGCCUUCAAGUGUUUCAAGGACUUGCUUACAUGCAUCAGCGGGGAUAUUUCCAUCGUGAUCUAAAGCCAGAGAAUUUGCUGGUGUCCAAGGAUAUGAUUAAAAUUGCAGACUUUGGUCUUGCUCGUGAGAUUGAUUCUCUACCACCGUACACUGAAUAUGUUUCAACACGUUGGUACCGCGCUCCUGAAGUUCUGCUUCAGUCUUCCUUCUAUGACUCUUCAGUUGAUAUGUGGGCCAUGGGUGCAAUCAUAGCUGAAUUGUUUACACUGCGUCCAAUUUUCCCAGGCUCAAGUGAAAUGGAUGAACUUUACAAAAUAUGCAAUGUCUUAGGAACUCCCACUAGAAGUGAAUGGGCUGGGGGGAUCAAACUUGCAGAGGCUAUGAACUACCAAUUUCCACAGCUUACUGGUGUCAACCUUUCUGCGCUUAUACCAUCUGCAAGUGAAGAAGCAAUCAGUCUUAUUUCAUUGCUUUGCUCGUGGGAUCCCCGUAAGAGGCCUACUGCAUUGGAUGCACUCCAGCAUAAAUUCUUUCAGAGUUGCUUUUAUGUCCCACCAUCACUUCACUUGAAGACUGCAACUGUGAGAGCACACUCAUCUGGUGAAAUGAAAGUGGCAGCAGUUGAGCAAAAUCCAGCUAGAAGGUAUUCUGGUACCAUGGCUAAUUCGAAGGUGCAGAGUAACUUUUCUUCUGCAAACACGCAUGUUUCUCCUUGCUCAGGUUUGCAGCGUACGAUGGAAAUGAGCAAUAAGACGACGGAUGCAAUUAAGAAUGACAAAUCAUCAAAGCAAGCAGCAUCAGCCAAACCACACCCAAGAUAUUGUCCUCCCGCAAGGAACAACCAUACGAUCCAAAACAAUGAUUUAAAGGCUGGACAGGGAGUGGUUCAGAAGCAGCAGCUUGAACAGAUGAUGAGUGUCGGUUUUGGCAACCGACAAACGAUUCCAGCACCAAUAAAGGCUUGGGGUGGAGGUUGGCGAAAUAAUAAUAAUGCCCGAGGAGGAGGAGGCAAUACUAGUGUGUUGGGUCGGGUUUAUGUUAGAAAAGUUGCGGGAUGAUGAUGAUUGAAGCUUUAUAGAAAAGAAAGAAAAAAAAUGGAAAAUAAGUGAUGUACGCUCAUAUAGUUGUGUUCUGGGGAGAACUGCAUAUGUUAAUAAUGUGAGUUUAUAUUGUUUUUUUUUGCUUGUUUGAUGGCUUUCAUGUGUGUUAUAUGAAAGAAUAAAUAAAAUAAACCUUAUGAUGCAAUAAAAUGUUGAAUUUCUUAUAAUAAUAAU